AUGGCGACAGAUCAAGCUCAAAGGACACUCACCGCCGCCAUCAAGGAGGACCAUGAGGAGCCAGCGGAAAUACAGGACGCUCAGGCUCGCUGGUCUCGGCAGCUUACUUGGGAAAUUGCUCGCCAUGCCGUAGGAGAAGAAAUUGUUGUUUACCCUCUGAUGGAAAAACAUCUGGGAGAGAAAGGACUCGAGUUAGCCGAUGAAGACCGCAAUGACCAUCAGCGUGUCAAAGAGAUGCUGAGCGACCUCGAAAAUAUGGAGCCCGGAUCUCAAGACCAUCAAACGCAGCCGAAGCAAAUCAUGGAUCACUUACACCAGCACAACGAUAACGAAGAAAGAAAGGACCUUCCUCUUCUUGAGCCUGUGCUCGGUGUGGAGAAAAGUACGAAAACAGCCAACAGCUUCCGAACAACAAAGAAAUUCGUUCCAACGCCUUCAUUCAUUUCUUCCAGUGCCCAUCCUUCUGCGCCGAACAAACCGCCAUAUGAAACCUUCCUUGGAUUCCUCACUAUGCCUAUUGACAAGUUAAAGGACAUGAGACUGAAGGAGCAGGAAAAGGAGCAGGAGUAA